AGUUGAAGGCAGUUGGCGAGGCUGAAGGGCCGGAGCUGCUAUGACCAUCACGUACAGCUGCGUGGCUAAUGGCCGGGUGAUCCUGGUCGAGCUUGCCCUAACUGGAGGCUCCUAUCAGGACGCAGUUUCAUCAGUGCUAAAGCUAGUACUUCUAAAAGCUGAGAGAAAGACCACAGCCCGAAUUGGAAGCUAUGUCUACCAUACUCUCCUUAUCAAUGGAAUCACCUACUUGUGCGCCACAGACAAUCCCUUGGAUGUUGCUUCACCAUCUGCAUUUCUGGACGAGGUGAGCAGAACUUAUUCUGAAAAUUCGUUCUUGUUCCAUGAACCCUUUCCUCCUUCAAAUUCAACUGUGGCAGACGUUCAACAAGUGCUGGGGAAAUGCAUGAUGAAGUACAAUCAAAGUCAAGGUGAAUUUAUGAUUUCCAAUCUGAAAAGUGAAGUGACUGAUGUCAAAACUUCGAUGUCACAGAAUAUUGACAAAAUGUUGAAAAGAGAAGAAAAACUGAAUGCGCUUAUGGACAGAACAGACAAUCUUCAAGUAGCUACUAAAGCAUUCCAAAGAACAACAACAAAGACUUCUAAGAAGAUGUGGUGGAAAAACUUCAAAAUCAUCAUAAUUUUAUCUUCCAUUUUCACAGUCAUCAUCAUCAUUCUUUUAAGUACAAAAGUCAUUCCAGUUUGAACCUUUAAGAACUACAUCUCCCAAGUCACACCCAAAUAAAUUGCUAAAAUA